CUUCCGCUUCGUCUCGGCAAUCAUCAAGAAUGUUACGGCUUUGUCUUAUGACACGCGACCACUGGACAAGGAAGAGACUAUGACUGUGGGAAGUGAGCUUGCCUUGAUUCGAUGUCGAAAACGCCGAUGUCUUGAAAUCUAUGGAUCUGUUCACUCGUCAAUUCGGCGGCUUGAGUCAUGCCGUGGUCGUCGUUUUGAUCAAGAUCAGACUUCUUGUCGACCUCAGAGCUCUUCAUCGGUUGGUCAUUGUCCAUGAGAAGCUUCCUCGGGAGCUCGUUGACAAUGUUCGUCACCAGCUUGUGAGCAACAUCAUCGCCGUGAACAGGCAUACUGUCAAGAGUCAAGACCUCAGCCCGGAGAUCAAAAAGGUCGAAUCUCAAGUCAAUGAAUUUUGUCGAUACAUCGCGAAAGCCAACAAGCACUUCUGGCCAGCAUUGCUUGAUCCUGGACGUGAUUGACCGCGAGACCACUUACGACAGCCGCGGAGAUGAGCGCGAGAUGCAGCUCUACCUGGUCUACUCUUAUGAUGCUUGGAAGGAGACAUCUGGUGCCAUCGAUGUCAUCAGAGAGAAGACCAGCAACAAGCUUUGAUAAAGAAGGUCAAAGUCAGGUAUAAUAUGAGUAGAGCGACACACUAAUAUAUCAACACAUCCCCGUCCAAGUAGGUUAU